CGCGAGAAAGACCUUAGCCAGCAUUCGAAAGGGCGGGCCUUGAGCUGCGCGUGCGCCGGGGAGGCUUACAGGAGUUGCCAUGGCAGCGGAGGCCUGCGCGACGCCUGGCGAGAGCCGGGGGCGGCUGCUAUUCGGCAGGAACAUCUGUCUGAAGAAGACUCCAGCGCUUUUCUUAUGGUUCAAAUGACAUCGGGGCGGGGGGCAACAUGGUGAGUUUGUUGGUUAACAGAAACUGCAUGGAAAGCUUGCGGAAGGACAUCACGGAUCUCCAAGGGACGGUCAUUAGCGUAUUUUCCCACGCUGGAGCCGUGCGCUUUCCUUCCUGGAAAUUUCCAGAUAAAGUGUCCUGCGACUUAGACUUGGUGGCUUUGAUGGGACAAUAUGACUUCGUCGAGAAUGACCCUGAAUUUACACAGCAUUCUCAUGUGGUUCUUCUGGAACUAGUGAUUGACAGGCUCCUGUUGCUGCUCCAGAGCUUCACGGGAUACACUGAGAGCCUCAUGAGCGAGGAAGCAGUGCCCCCAUCCCGGGCGGUAGGACCCUCCAUGUCUAUUGGGCUGACUGUAAGGAAGUACUGGAACAGCAUGCUGAAACUGGGUGCUCUUUAUCAACAGAUGGUGGCCGAGAAAAAAUAUACCAAAGAUGCUUCUAAUCUAAAAAGUUCCUUCCGGGCCAUGAAAGCUGAGAACGAGCAUUUGAAAAGUGUGUCUCCUGAGUCGGAUGUGACUUUGCCCGGCUUUCAGUCUUCCCUUUUAACCUCUUCCGCUGGCAGCAGGCUGCUGGACAAUGCCCUCAGUGCCCGCUCGGAUCCUUCCGUUAAUCUGCCUGGGCGGAGUGUCCACUCCCAGACAAUUGAGAGCUGUCUGGUGCCCUGCGAUGCGUGCGAAAGCACCCAGGUCAGCCUGCAGGAAGUGGGAAAAGCCAUUAUCGACAUCUGCAGCACUCUGAACAUCUCCUCUUCUCUGGGCAAGUUCCUCAAGAUGGUGGAGGAAAGACUGGGGGGCAAGCUCCUCACUGCCAUGGACGUCAGCUACUGGGCUACCGAGCAGAGCAAGGACCUUUCUCGGAUCAGCAAGCAUAUCCAGAUGCUGAUGGGACUCAUCAACCCUUUGAAGGGAGAAUUGGAAGAGUUCGAGAAGCAGAAAAAUGAGCUGAAGCAGCAGCUGGAGAACCUGGACGGUUGUCUGCAAAAGGAAAAAGAGGCCAAGAAGCAACAGAGGGUGGAGACUGAGCAGCUUUUACAAAAAAAGGAGAGGGAAAGCCAGCAGCUGAUGGCCAAGCUGCAGAAGGCGAAGGAGGACCUUGGAAACCGAGCUGUUUCUUUGGAGAUGAAUCUCUCCACCUUGAAAGAAAAGCUUCAGGCACAGGAAAGCACCAUCCAGGAACUGGAACAGGCCAGAAAGGAUCUGCAGCAGGAGAUGGAGUCCAAGAUGGUGGACAAGGAUGAGGUAGACAAACGGGAGGAGCAACUGAAGGCCCUCAGCAGCCAGCUGGAGAGAGUGGAGCAGCAGCUGAACUGGACCACCCUGGAACUCAAUAAAGAGAGAGCCAGAGGGGAUAGCAUGCUCCAGCACCAGGAGUCCCUCCAGGCCAAACAACAGACUCUAAUGCAGCAGCUGGACAGUCUGGACCAAGAAUGCGAGCAGCUGAAGACCAGCAUGGCGGACGGGGAAGAUGACCGGCAGAUGAUGAGGGAGCGGCUGAAGGAGGUCCAGGAGGAAAAGUGGGAGAUCCAAGGCCGGCUGGAGGCCCAGAAGGACUUCUGCUGUAGAAUUCAGAAAGCUUGCAAGAUCACCUGCACCGCUCUCUCCACCCAGAAGCUUACCGAGAAGCUGAAGCAGGAGAAGCAGAGCUUGGAGCAGUCGUCCUCCGAACUGCAGAGGACCAUCUCUGAGCUGGGAGAGCUGAUCCACGAGAUGAAGGAGAAGGAAAAACUUCUGGUCUUCUUCCCAGACCUUCACCUCCCCGUCGAGACCCAGUUUGAAACCUCCGGGAACGUCAUGGAAGACAUGGGGAAACAGCUGCAGGCCAACAACAUCCGCAUCAGCAUUCUGGAGGAAGAGAACGCGCGCCUCCGAAAUGCGAUAGGCAAAAUGAAAGAGCCGGCCCAGCAGGAGAUGCAGAAGGAUACUGACCGCCUAACCGGGAAUUCCUCUCUCCGUAGUUUGUGCUUCCAACCCAGCUGUGGAUUCGGUCUGCCGAAAAACCCGGUCCUCAGGACAGCGCGAUGCCACCUCCUGUGGGGUACCCCGCAGGGACUGGCUUCCAGGGACAGGUCUCCAGGCCUCCGACUAAUAGCGGCAGCACGGGAAAUGCCUCGCGAAAUAGGCCUCCGAACAAUUCUCUCGUCUGUGCUCCUGCCCCCCAAUGGACUUCUGGCCCCCAGCCGCCCAAGACCCCCUUGGGCCCUGCUCCGUUCAAUCUUUUCUACAAGGAGGCAGUCAGCAGCCCUUACGGCCCAGCCAAAGGGAGAGGCCGUUGUCCGCCCCCGCCAGGCUAUUGUACCCGCAACCAUCAGAAAUAAAGAGAAGCGCGCUCAGAAGGACUCUGGGAGUGUCAUUGGGGGUCUUGGGAGGUGCCGGGCAAGGGGCUGUGUAGGAGGGGGGAAACCAACGCUGGGUGAUCCCAGGGCAGAAGCAGCCUUAGAAACCUGCCCUCCUGGUCCUUAGUUAUAAACUUUGUGAUGGGAACUUCUCUGGCUGGCCUUGGCUCUUUACUAGAUUGUAGGGCAAGUCGGGGACAGCGGAGGUCUGGAUCGGGGCCUUGGCAGUCCGGCACGAGCCUCUCCUGGCUUUCUGUGCAGCUCCAAGCUUUCAAGUG